AUCGGUCUUGUCGUCUUUACAACCUUUCUCGUCUUUGGCUUUCUUGAGGUGUUCGUUGGUCUCAUCAAGGUGGGCACAUGCCCUGUGGAGCCAUUGGUACCCGUCUGGCUGCUCAUGGCCGGCAUAUUGAAUGUUAUCUACAAUGUUGUGGCGAUCAUAUUCAUUAUGUUGCACGACAAGAAAGCUCGCACGCCAAAGAUUCGCGAACUCGUCAUGGGAGUGCUGACCGCUGCUUGGCUGAUAUGGCUGAUUUUGGGCUCAUAUUAUGUCUAUGAGAUCUACGAUGUCGUUGUAUACGAACAAAAUCAUCCGAAGUACUGUGAUCGCUUCGUCUACACAUUCGCCUUUUUUGUCAUUACAAUCUCCUACGUCUUCCUUGGAAUUCUCGUGUGUUGUGCCUGUUACUGCAUGGUAUUUUUAUGUUGUCAUAACAGUUCCGUUAUUAUAAUUACAUAA